GAGCGACGGCAAGAACACGGUAACUCCGAUGGACCCCGGUAAAACGCACAGCGGCAGCAGUCUGAGGGGCUGACUGUGUCUUGCUUAUCUGCCUAGUUGCGUGUCCCCCACUGCUGGGAAAGUUGUGCUCUCAGUGUGGUCGCAUUAUGGAUUUUAAAACAACAAGCAGCAACGACAGCAACGCGACCAGCGGUUACCCUGACGGGGUGGACGUGGUUGCCGACUGGGACGGGGGUGAGAAUAGGACGGGGUCUGGGUCUCUGCCAGAAGUGAAGCUAAGUUACCAGAUUGUCACCUCUCUGCUCUUGGGGGCCCUCAUCCUCUGCUCCAUAUUUGGCAAUGCGUGCGUCGUGGCAGCCAUCGCCCUGGAGAGAUCUCUCCAGAAUGUGGCUAACUAUCUGAUUGGAUCCCUGGCCGUCACAGACCUCAUGGUAUCGGUACUGGUUCUGCCAAUGGCGGCCCUCUACCAGGUUUUGAACAAGUGGACACUGGGGCAGGAGAUCUGUGACAUAUUCAUCUCUCUGGAUGUACUGUGUUGCACAUCAUCCAUCCUGCAUCUGUGCGCAAUUGCCUUGGACAGGUACUGGGCCAUAACAGAUCCAAUUGACUAUGUAAAUAAACGGACACCAAGGCGAGCUGCGAUCUUGAUAAGUGUGACUUGGCUAAUUGGUUUCUCAAUCUCUAUUCCGCCUAUGUUAGGCUGGAGAAGCGCCGAAGACAGGGCGAACCCCGACGCCUGCAUCAUCAGUCAGGACCCGGGCUACACCAUCUACUCCACAUUUGGGGCUUUUUACAUCCCUCUUAUUCUCAUGUUGGUCCUGUACGGGCGAAUAUUCAAGGCUGCUCGGUUUCGGAUUCGAAAGACAGUCAAGAAAACCGAGAAAGCAAAAGUGUCAGACAAGUUUUUGACUGUGUCUCCGGCCAUCUUCCACAAGAAAACCAACGGGGAAGCCGGAGGCAAAGGCUCUCCGUGCGUAAACGGCGCGGUGAAGCACAGAGAGGAGGGUGAGUCACUUGAGAUCAUAGAAGUUAUCAGUAACUCAAAGACGCACCUGCCUCUGCCCAACACCCCUCAGUCCUCCUCGCAGGGCUUCGAAAACAUGAAUGAAAAGAACUCGGGGGCGAAGAGAAAGAUAGCGCUGGCCAGGGAACGUAAAACGGUGAAAACACUGGGGAUCAUCAUGGGAACUUUCAUUUUCUGCUGGCUGCCCUUCUUCAUCGUCGCACUCGUGCUGCCUUUCUGUGCAGAGGGCUGCUACAUGCCGGACUGGCUGGGCGCAGUCAUAAACUGGCUGGGCUAUUCCAACUCUCUCCUCAACCCCAUCAUAUAUGCCUACUUCAACAAAGACUUCCAAAGUGCUUUUAAGAAGAUCAUAAGAUGCAAAUUCCACAGAGCGUAACCGCACACAGUGAAAACAUUUGUGUUCGACUUAAAUGUGGAGUAAAUUAACUGACAGCAGGAAAUGUUCACCGACUGUAUGGGGGGAAAUUAAGCCUACGGACUUUUAUUCAGGGACAGUCUCCUUUCGGUGUGUUUGAGGACCGCGUAAAAAGAAAACCCAGGGUCACUGAACGCUGAUGAAAUGAGAAAAGGCAGGAACUUUCGCUCUUAAUGUACAAGCUCAUGUUUAUUCAGUGUUGUAGCUACAGUAUAUAGCCUAUUUGCAACGGCAGUCAUCGUUGUAUUGCCAUGCAACACGUGUCAUGUGCUGAUUCCAUUUUAUCAUGAGACACGCGGGGGUUUGCGUCCUACGUCAUGGGCUUUGUAGCACUGAAACA